GGGGCGUGUCUGGUGCCGGUGCCGGAGCGCAGCGAUGGCGGCGGGGGAGCUGGAGCGGCUGCGGAUGGCGGGGGCCGGCAUGGCCAUCGCCGUCCUCACCAGCGGCGGCGACGCUCAAGGGAUGAAUGCUGCAGUCCGUGCCGUCACGCGCAUGGGGAUAUAUGUGGGAGCCAAGGUCUUCCUCAUCUACGAGGGCUACGAGGGGCUGGUGGAGGGGGGAGACAACAUCAAGCAAGCCAACUGGUUAAGCGUCUCCAACAUCAUCCAGCUGGGUGGGACAGUGAUUGGCAGCGCCCGCUGCAAAGCCUUCACCACCCGGGCAGGUCGGCUGCGGGCUGCCCGUAACCUGGUGGAGCAUGGCAUCACCAACCUCUGUGUCAUCGGUGGAGAUGGCAGCCUGACAGGGGCUGACAUCUUCCGCUCUGAGUGGGCUGGGCUACUGGAGGAGCUGGUCCAGGAUGGGCAGAUCAGUGAGGAGGUGGCACGGCAGAACUGCCGCUUAAACAUCGUAGGGCUGGUGGGUUCCAUUGACAAUGACUUCUGCGGCACUGACAUGACCAUUGGCACUGACUCCGCACUGCACCGCAUCAUGGAGGUCAUUGACGCCAUCACCACCACGGCGCAGAGCCACCAGCGGACAUUUGUGCUGGAGGUGAUGGGCCGCCACUGCGGGUACCUGGCACUGGUGUCUGGCUUGGCCUCAGGUGCUGACUGGCUCUUCAUCCCCGAAUCCCCUCCAGAGGAUGGUUGGGAGGACCUCAUGUGCGAGAGGCUUGGGGAGACGCGCAGCAGAGGGUCCCGGCUCAACAUCAUCAUCAUCGCCGAGGGUGCCAUUGACCGCAACGGCAAACCCAUCUCCUCCAACUACGUGAAGGAUCUGGUGGUGAAACGCUUGGGCUUUGACACGCGGGUCACUGUCCUGGGACAUGUGCAGCGUGGGGGAACCCCAUCAGCCUUUGACCGUGUGCUGAGCAGUAAGAUGGGGAUGGAGGCGGUGAUGGCGCUGCUGGAGGCCACCCCGGACACACCGGCCUGUGUGGUGAGCCUCUCAGGGAACCAGUCAGUCCGGCUGCCACUCAUGGAGUGCGUUCAGGUGACAAAGGAUGUGCAGAAGGCCAUGGAUGAGAAGAGGUUUGAGGAGGCCAUCCAGCUCCGUGGGAGGAGCUUUGAGAACAACUGGAACAUCUACAAGCUGCUGGCACACGAGAAGCCAGCGCAGGAGAAGACACCCUUCAGCCUAGCCAUCCUGAAUGUGGGGGCUCCCGCCGCCGGCAUGAAUGCUGCCGUCAGGUCAGCCGUGCGGAUCGCCAUCUGCCAGGGACACACUGUCUACGUGGUGAAUGACGGCUUCGAGGGCUUGUCCAAGGGGCAGAUCCGUGAGGUGGGCUGGCACGACGUGGCGGGCUGGCUGGGACGAGGCGGGUCCAUGCUGGGCACCAAGCGGACGCUCCCCAAGACCUGCAUGGAAAAGAUUGUGGAGAACAUACGGAAAUUCAACAUCCAGGGGCUGCUGGUCAUCGGGGGGUUCGAGGCAUAUGAGGGGGUGCUGCAGCUGGUGGAGGCCCGCGGGCAGUACGAGGAGCUCUGCAUCAUCAUGUGCGUCAUCCCUGCCACCAUCAGCAACAACGUGCCCGGAACUGACUUCAGCCUUGGUUCUGACACAGCCGUCAACGCAGCCAUGGAGAGCUGUGACCGCAUCAAGCAGUCAGCCUCAGGCACCAAGCGCCGGGUCUUCAUCGUGGAGACCAUGGGGGGCUACUGUGGGUACUUGUCCACCGUCACCGGCAUCGCGGUGGGCGCCGACGCUGCCUACGUCUAUGAAGAUCCCUUCACCAUCCAUGAUCUGAAGGCCAACGUGGAACACUUGACUGACAAAAUGAAGACAGACAUCCAGAGAGGGCUGGUUCUGCGCAAUGAGAAGUGCCAUGAGCACUACACCACCGAGUUCCUCUACAACCUCUACUCCUCCGAGGGCAAAGGCAUCUUUGACUGCAGGAUUAACGUUCUUGGCCACCUCCAGCAGGGGGGAGCCCCAACCCCCUUUGACCGCAACUAUGGGACGAAGCUGGGUGUUAAGGCGGUGCUGUGGAUGUCAGAGAAGUUGCAGGCAGCCUACCGCAAGGGGCGCGUGUUUGCCAACUCGGGAGACUCUGCCUGCGUGAUCGGGCUCAGGAAGAAGGUGGUGGCCUUCAGCCCUGUCACAGAGCUCAAGAAAGUGACGGAUUUUGAGCACAGGCUGCCCCAGGAGCAGUGGUGGCUGAACCUGCGUCUGAUGCUGAAGAUGCUUGCCAACUACCAGAUCAGCCUGACUGAGUACAUCUCAGGGAAGAUGGAGCACGUCACCCGCCGCACCCUCAGCAUCGAGAAGGGCUUCUAGUCCCACUGUCCCAAGCCAUAGCUCCCCUCUGCGUCCUCUCCAUCCCCACGUGCUGCUUGGGGAGCACCAGGUCCCUCCCUGUUCUCAGUAGCCCUGUAGCUUUGCCACUGACCCCUUACAGCAGGCAGAGCUCCCCAAAAGCCUGCCCCAAACCGCAGCUUUCAGGGUCUGGUCCCUAUGCAGACGCAAAGAAGAGGUGCUGCUAGAACCCAGCUGUGCAGCCCAGACCCUUCAUCAUUCCUACAUAGUUCAUUCCUAUUAUUUAAUGAUGGGGUACCUUGAGUCCUGACCAAACUGCUGCUUUUAGUCGCCUGCCCUGUGUGCGGGAGGGGAGUUGAGGAGGAUGCGGUGCCACCUCAGAGUGGGUAGGGGCUGGCCCCGGGGCUUUUGCCCUCCCCAUGAGCCCUGGUAAAGCUUCAUCCUCCUGUGGUGUUUGCCUGGUGGGGUGUCUGGAGGGCUUGGACCUGGCAAGCCCCUCUUCCCCAGCCACCUUGCAUGAUGCUUGGCUGCGACUGUCACCAUGCCACCCUGGGGCUGUGCCUGUCAUCAUCACUGUUGCUCUGCAACCCCCAAAUAUCUUGUACUGCUGGCAGCACCGCACUCCUCUAGAGAUAAAACCUGCUGGAGCCAAA